CGAUGAUGUAGAUGUACAUGAUUCAGAACGGGAUGAAUUUGAAACGAAAUAUUUUUGCGUUGUUUCUCUAGCAAAAAUGAAAUUAUCUAAGCCCGUAACAACGACCGCCAGUGUCGUAUCAAAUCAUCCAAUGACAAAUGUAAAGCUACCUGACAUUAAAUUGAUAGAAUUUAACGGUAGUUAUGACAAGUGGACUCAAUUCCAAGAAACUUUUGAUGCUCUUAUCAAUCAAAAUAAAAUGCUCACCGAUAUUCAAAGGUUUUUCUAUCUACAAAGUUCUCUCAAGGGUGAAGCUGCUCAAAUAAUUGCUUCAUUGAAUGCUACCGAGGCUAACUACAAAAUCGCUUGGGACUUAUUCGGGAACGUUAUCAAAAUAAGAAAGCUAUUAUAAAUUCGCACAUGAAGGCAAAUUUUGAUUUACCGAAUAUUUCUAAAGAAUCACACACACUCUUGAGAAUAUUCUUAGAUGAAUUCCAAAACAUUUUAGAUCCUUGAAACCUUAGGUGAGAAUGUCACAGAUAAAUUAAGAAUAAACACAGAAAUCAAGCUAAAAAAUUCAGUUAAAUACUUAGGUAUUGAAUUAGACAAAAGGCUAAAUUUCUACCGCCAUAUCAAAACUCAAGUUAACAAAGGAUAGGUACGCCAUCGAAAAGAAACUGUAUCCUCUAUUGUGCAGUAAAAGUAUGCUCAAUCAGAAAAACAAAUUACCCAUUUAUAAAAUUUACAUCCGGCCAGUGGUUACAUAGGGGAAAUGUAUCUGAGACGGCAUAGCUGAUGAGAUGGCAUACAACGUGUUUCUCGGUUGACAUUCAUAAUUUGGCACCAGAUCAAUGCGCAUACUCUAGAAUAAGACAUGGUUAAACGUCUGCGUGAGUUCUAGUGAAUUCUGCAGUAGUAUUUGGUCAGCGCAUGCGAGGAAAUUUAUCAAGUCGGCUAAAAAUUUACAACAGCGAGUUUUCUGAGAAUAUUUGAAAGAAACAGGUAUAUCGGUAAGUGCAAAUGUUUUCGUUUAUUUCUGCAUACACUUUAGUUUCAGAAUAAUUUUUUUUUUCAUCUUAGUAUCCACCAUUGUUAUUGAGAAAGAAAAAAGUGCUGGUGAUUGCUUCUGGGUGAGUUGGCAUACGUGAUAUGCUGAUGAGAUGGCGUGGGUAUGCCAGGCACUCUGUUAAGUUUCCUUUUCGAGUAGAAAAUUCAAUUAUGAUUUUUCAAGGAACGGGGCGUUAUCAAUGAACAUCAACAAGACAUUCCUGGAGCGAAGAGAAUAUGAAGGAAGCGAUAAAGGCAGUUCAGGAAAAAAAAAUGGGCAUGUUGUUAGCCUCAAAGACGUUCAAUGUGCCUAGCAACACAUUAAGGCGACGUGCAAUUAAAAGUGAACGGUGGAGGAAAAAUUACAUGGGGGGUCAUAAAGUUACUUUCGAUGAAACCUUAGAAAGGGAAAUUGUUGAGCAUUUAAAAAAUUUAGAAAUACAUUUUAUGGUUUUACAACAACCAACGUCAGAAAGCUUGCUUAUGAAGUGGCGUAACCGAAGAAAAUUCCCCACAGAUUUUCCUAUGGCAGGAUGGGAUUGGCUAAAAGGAUUCCGGGAUAGAAAUCCUAGUAUAAGCCUUCGAACUCCAGAAUCAACGUCAAUUCGCUAGAGCUAGAGCUUUCAACAUGCAGAAGAUUCAAAAAUUUUUUGCCCUUCUUUGAUAGUGUGCUGGAGGUUAAAGUUUGUUGGUGUUUAGAUUGUGUUGGUGAUUAGAGUUAAUUAUUGGGAUUUAUUGGAUUAUUUUUUUUUAUUCUGUUUUUUAUAGUGAUAUAGUUAAUAGUUUCUGUUUAGUGAAAAAGGACACUUCUUUUAUUUCAAAGACAAAGAGUGCCAUUUUAAGAAGAAGUAGCCGCCUCAUGGUGAGUUUCACAGUUGCAUAUUAAUCCAUUUUUGAAUUCGAAUUUCCAAAGAUGUGUGGUGGUAAUGAAUUAAUGGGAAACAUUUGGGGGGGUUACGUUCCCCCAGUUCCCCCCCCCCUGAAUCCGCGCUAUGGUCAUCUAUACUUCAUAACGCGCGAUUUGUGGGCUAUAACGCAUGUUCGCGCCCAAUCUAGAUUCAAUUAGUUUUGAGAAGAUUAUGGUGUAGUGGAGAUUAAAAUUUGUUGGUGUUUAGAUUGUGUCAGUAAUUAGAGUUAAUUAUUGGGAUUUAUUGGAUUUUUUUUUUAUUCUGUUUUUUAUAGUUAUAUAGUUAAUAGUUUUCGUUUAGUGAAGAAGGACACUUCUUUUAUUUCAAAGACAAAGAGUGCCAUUUUAAGAAGAAGUAGCAGCCUCAUGGUGAGUUUCACAGUUGCAUAUUAAUCCAUUUUUUAAUUCGAAUUUCCAAAGAUGUGUGGUGGUAAUGAAUUAAUGGGAAACAUUUGGGGGGGGUUACGUUCCCCCAGUUCCUCCCCCCAGAAUCCGCGCCUGUGCUAUGGUCAUCUAUACUUCAUAACGCGCGAUUUGUGGGCUAUAACGCAUGUUCGCGCCCAAUCUAGAUUCAAUUAGUUUUGAGAAGUUUAUGGUGUAGUGGAGAUUAAAGUUUGUUGGUGUUUAGAUUGUGUCCGUGAUUAGAGUUAAUUAUUGGGAUUUAUUGGAUUGUUUUUUUGGUUCUGUUCUUUAUAGUUAUACCGGGUGUCUGGUGAGGAAUGGGACAACGUUUAGGUGGUGAUGAGGGAUGUCUCAAGGAGUGAGAAAAUGCCAUUUGAAAUCAUCUGAGGUACAUGGUUCCUGAUAUACAGGGGGUUUUAGAAAAAAUGUGGAAAUUUCAAAUGACCAUAAUUCAGGAAAUGUGAGAGCUAAUCCGAUGAUUUUUCGUAUGAACAAUGAUAGAGUCAGUACGAAUCUGUUUGAACGAAAAAUUCGAAAUAAAAUCAGAUCCGGACUCAGAAAUUUCAGUUUUUCUGAAAUUAGGUAAAAACAACACCCUGUAUGCGGUUUUCAAUUUUUUUGACUUCAGAUUCUGAGAGAGCAGGAAAAAUACUUCCGAACUCAACUGUCAUCCCGAAUGGCACAAAUUUUUCCUGCUUUCUAUGACCCUUCGAAUGUCAAUCUUUCGAUUUUCGCUCCUUGCAUAUUAUUAUUUUCUCGACAUUUCAGAAUAAGAGAUCCCAGAUAGUUACUCAUAAGAAAAAAAGGGUCAUAAACGAAUCAAAAAUUUCAUAAAAAUUAUCAAAAAAGCGAAAAACAGUUAACAUUUGGAAAAUUUACGAACUAUUUCUGAAGUACUAAUUGAUGAUUCAGUAGGAACAAGAUUAAUGAUUAAUUCUUCAAAUAUUGUUCAAAAUGAAAACCGUCAACUUCUUUUCUCUUAGUCGAUCUUUCAGAUGAGUUUGGAUCAUUUUUUCCUGUAAUAUCCAAAGUUUCAUUCGUCAUUUCAUUUCAUUUCUAUCAUUAGUCUUGAAUCUAGUUGCCAGUUAUGUCAAUUCUAUGGUGUGCUAUCAUUUAUGAUGAGAAUAGAUAGAGCAUUUAGUUAUCUGUCAAACUAGUGAUUUAAUUGUUGAUACAAUCUUACUUCAAUUUGUUGAAAAUCAUGCCGCACACAUUUUUUAAUGAAGAGUAUGUUGACAUGCUUUUGGUGUAUGGUAAAUGUGAUAUGAACGGAAGAGCAGCUGAAAGGGAGUAUCGUAGACGUUUUCCCAAUCGUCGGGUUCCAAAUCACAAAAUAUUUGCCCGCCUUGUUGCGCAUACGAAACAACAUGGUACUUUUCCCAGCAAAACAGUUUCUGAAAGACCACAUACAAUAGAAGAGAAUAUCCGUGAAAAUAUUUUAGAAACUGUGCAAAACGAUCCGGGAGUAAGUAUCAGACGAUUGGCUUCAAUUCAUGAAGUAUCGAAAUGGUACGUUUGGAAUACUCUGAAGAGUGAAAAAUAUCACUCAUAUCACCCUCAAGUUGUCCAGCAGUUGGAACCUGGCGAUGAGAUCGCACGGCUUCAAUUUUCCAGGUGGAUAAGAAGUCAUAGAAGAAAUGUCCAAAGAAUAUUAUUCACAGAUGAAGCUCAAUUUACUCGCGAUGGAAUAAACAAUGCUCGAAAUAAUCACCUUUGGCAUCAACAGAAUCCUUUCGCUGUCGUACAAAGACAAUCACAGAGACGCUUCAGUGUUAAUGUGUGGUGCGCAGUUUAUGAUAAUAAUUUAAUAGGUCCUCAUUUUUUCGAAGAAAGACUCACCGGAGAAAUUUAUAGAGAUUUCCCCAUGAAUGUUCUUCCUAAUUUAUUAGGGAAUAUUAAUCAGAGAGGACUUAUCUUCCAGCAUGAUGGAGCACCCCCACAUUUCUCAAUUUUAGUGAGAAAUCAUUUGAACGAGGUAUAUCCAAAUAGAUGGAUAGGUCGUGGUGGUCCAAGAGCAUGGCCACCUCGGUCCCCCGACAUGACACCAUUAGAAGUAUUCCUUUGGGGACACCUUAAAACUAUGGUGUACGGGCGAGAAAUAAAUACAAGGGAACAAUUAAUUCAGCGAAUAAUAGACGCAUGUGACGAGAUACCAAACAACCCGAAUGUGAUAAGGAAAGCAGUUUUGAACUUAAUGAAAAGAGCAGAUAAAUGUGUAGAACUUGGCGGUUUUCAUUUCGAACAAUAUUUGAAGAAUUAGUCAUUAAUUUUCCAAAUGUUAACUGUUUUUCGCAUUUUUGAUAGUUUUUAUAAGAGUUUUGAUUCGUUUAUGAUCUUUUUUUUUACUUAUGAGUAACUAUUUAAGAUCUCAUGUUUCUGAAAUGUCGAGAAAAUAAUAUGUAAGGAGCUAAAAUCGGAAGAUUGACAUUCGAAGGGUCAUAGAAAGGAGGAAAAAUUUGUGCCAUUCGGGAUGACAGUUGAGUUCGAAAGUAUUUUUCCUGCUCUCUCAGAAUCUGAAGUCAAAAAAAUUGAAAACCGCAUACAGGGUGUUGUUUUUACCUAAUUUCAGAAAAACUAAAAUUUCUGAGUCCGGAUCUGAUUUUAUUUCGAAUUUUUCGUUCAAACAGAUUCGUACUGACUCUAUCAUUGUUCAUACGAAAAAUCAUCGGAUUAGCUCUCAUAUUUCCUGAAUUAUGGUCAUUUGAAAUUUCCUCAUUUUUUCUAAAACCCCCUGUAUAUCAGGAACCAUAUACCUCAGAUGAUUUCAAAUGGCAUUUUCUCACUCCUUGAGACAUCCCUCAUCACCACCUAAACGUUGUCCCUUUCCGCACCAGACACCCUGUAUAGUUUUUAGUUUUUGUUUAGGGAAAGAGGACACUUCUUUUAUUUCAAAGACAAUGAGUGCAAUUUUAAGAAGAAGUAGCCGCCUCAUGGUGAGUUUCACAGUUGCAUAUGAAUCCAUUUUUGAAUUCGAAUUUCCAAAGAUGUGUGGUGGUAAUGAAUUAAUGGGAAACAUUGUUUGAGCAGACUCAUUUUUUUAGUUGGGCCCGUUACCGUUCAGUAGACAACGACACCAAGUAGUGCCACCAAUUCCACCCUUUAUCUCUAGUGGAUCUGGAUUUAUUCGAUCAUUUAUUUGAUUGAGUGUCUGAGGAGUUAGAGCCACCAACAGAUAAAAAGGAAUGCAGCUCGACCAUUGACAUUGAGGAUUUCAAUGAUACAAUAGAUAUAGAUGAAAAUGGAUUCCUUCAAUUGUAUGAUACAUUUCCAGAUGGCUUAGAUAAAUUUCUACAAUCCAGCACAGAGGGAAAUUUGAUAUUUUUUUUCCGAAUUGAAUGAAUGGAAAGAAAAACGGAGGGUAAUGGCAAUAAGUGAGGAAGUCAUGCUAUCGUAUUUUUUAAAUUUAAAGAAGAAGUAUGCAAUUUCAUCCAUGUGGUCGAAGUACUCGAUGCUGAAGGUCGCUAAAAAGGUCUAUAAUAACAUAGACAUUGGGAAAUAUAGUACACUCACUGCCUAUCUGAAGAGUGACUCGAGAGGAUACAAGGAGAAGAAAGCUGCAGUAUUGGAAAGAGCACACAUGGAAGGAUUUUUGACGAGAGCUUGCGAUAAAGAAUAUUUGAUGAUCAAGGUUGCACUAAUAAUGGGAGUUUCUGGUGCCUGUCGAUGCUGUGAAUUGACGAAUUUGAAAAUCAGUGAUGUACAAGACAGGGGCGCAUAUCUGCUUGUUUCGAUACCAGAUACGAAGACCGGCAUUUCACGAAAAUUCACAAUCAUAGAAGCAGGAUUCUCUAUCAAUACUUUGGAGACGCGUAGAAAAUAUAUAUCCUUACGUCCGAAGAAGUUAUCCAACGACAGAUUCUUUUUACGAUACGCUAAUGAGAAGUGUACUUCACAACCUUUCAACAUUCUCUCAGUAUUCACAAAUGUGCACUAAUUUUGACAAAUCAAUUUAACAAUAUCUGAACGUUGUUGAAACGUGCAUUUUUCCAUAAUUAAAUGGCAUAACCUACUAAACCUGUUGGAAUCAACACUUUGUCGAAAGUUCCUUCAAGAGUUGCUUCAUUUUUUAAUCUGGCAAACGCAGAAGCUUAUAGCGGCCAUUGUAUGAGACGCACUUCAACAACCUUAUUGGCUAAUAAAGGUGCUGAUCUUACAACAAUUAAACGACAUGGUGGGUGGAAAAGCUCAGCUGUAGCAGAAAGUUAUAUCGAGGAUUCUAUAUCUAGUAAGCUUGAUAUAGCAAGAAAAAUCCAAGGUUCUCCUGGUUCUAAUCGUUCCUUACAAGAGGAUGCAUCCAUUGAUUCUAGAGAUUUAUCAAAAAUUUCGACUAUGCGUUCUGAAACCAAUGACAACUACAAGCUUGUUAUUAAUGGAAACGAAGUGGAUUAUGAUAAAACGAAGAACGAAAUGUCUAUUAAUAUACAGUAGAAUCCGUUUAUUAUGACGCCGGCUAUAGUGACCAACCGCUUAAUAUGACGCAAUUGCAGUGUUAAGUUUAGUUUUCAUAUAAAACUCCUUGUAACAUUGUUCGGAUAUAAUGACUUCGCCUAUAAUGACAUGUCGAUUUUUAUGACCUAAUUCGAAGAAUUUUUUUCGGUUAUAGUGACGGCUCGAUCGUUUUCGCUAACCAAUCCAUCCCUUUCCAUAGGACGUUGAAUACGUGAUAUAGGUACGCGUACCGACAUGUUCGUUUUUAAUUUUCAGUCUAGUCGAUACCGUUGAGAGGUAGCGUUGAUAGUGCCGAAAUGACAUCGCAACGUCGUAAAGCAUUCAGUAUUGAGGAGAAAGGUGCAAUUUUAGCCAGACUAGAAAAUGGAGAAUCCAAUUCAGCUCUCGCAAAAGAAUUUGGUGUCGGUCAUUCGACAAUUUCAAUGAUUUUGAAAAACAAGGACCGAAUCAAGGAAUCAUUCAAUUCAAAUGUUUUAAAACCAAAAAAGCUUCGGAAAUCACAACAUGAUAACAUUGAUCAAGCGUUAUUGCAAUGGUUCAAAAUCACAAGAAAUAAAGGAAUACCUAUCAGCGGCCCUAUGCUACAAGAAAAGGCCAAUGUUUUCGCCUCUGGUUUUGGCAACCCAAACUUUAAUUGCUCUGCUAGCUGGAUAAGUCGAUUCAAAGUAAGACAUAACAUUGUGUCGGGCAAAAUUGUCGGUGAAUCCUCGUCCGUUGAUCAGAGUUCCACAUAUAAUUGGCUGACGACUGUAUGGCCAAAUCUGCGAAGACAGUUCUCUAAUGAAGAGAUUUUUAAUGCAGAUGAAACAGGCUUUUUCUAUAAAUUAUUGCCAGACAGAACUUUAAAAUUUAAAGGAGAAAAUUGUUGUGGAGGAAAGUUAUCCAAAGAGAGAUUAACCGUCAUGGUAGCAGCAAAUCUCAGCGGCACAGUGAAAAAAAAAUUAUUUGUUAUUGGCCGAUCUCAAAAACCAAGAUGUUUCAGUAGUGUUAAGUCGCUUCCAGUUGAUUAUGCAAACAACCGUAAAGCGUGGAUGACGUCUGAACUUUUCGAGAGAUGGCUUCGAGAUUGGGAUCGCAACCUAGUGAAGAAGAAGAAAAAGAUUCUAUUGCUGGUUGAUAAUUGCCCGGCGCAUCCUAAUGUUACAGAUUUGAAAUCUAUAACACUUGCUUUCCUACCACCCAACACAACAUCAGUCUUGCAGCCAAUGGAUCAAGGAAUAAUAAGGUCUCUUAAAUGCAAUUUCAGAAAAAAUCUUGUGCUUAAAAUGAUUAAUGGCCUUGAUUGUAAUCAAAACAGUCCUAUGAAAAUAACAAUUCUUGAUGCAAUUGUUAUGAUUAAUGAUGCCUGGAAUAAGAUCUCACAAAGUACGAUUUACAACUGUUUCAAACAUGCAGGACUCAUUGAAACCUAUGACGAUUUACCAUUCCGAGAAAUAGAAGAAAACGAAUUUGAUGAUGAAGUUAUGCAGUACUAGAUAUAGUAAAAAAAGAUUCUAAUGACGAAACCGAAAGUGAUUUGUCCUCUACCUCACAAAUCACGACAGAACGUGUUAGAAAAUCGAAACCUUUUAUGCAACAACAACGCAUUACUGAAUCAUUUUCUGA